AUGUCGCCAAGCAGACCUUCAAAGACCAUAAUAGCGAAAUCCCUUUCCCUCGACCUACGCGGGUUGCUGUCCACCUAUGCAUUGUCGGGUGACUUGGUAGAUAUUGAACAACAAUCGAUCACACAACGUUUUGGAGACGAAGGAUGGGUUGUGGACUACGUUUUGGGCUGGAGAUUGGUAGUCGCUUGGUCACUAGCCCACUACUCCAUCGGCGGUAUGACAGACAGUACAGAGUGGCAUCUCCCAUUUGUUGAGGCGCGUUCCAAUCCCAGUACGAAUGCCUCCUCUCUGGCAAAUCCGAAAGCGGUUCCAGGACAUGUGUUACCAUUUCAAGACGUUCGUUACUCACGGCUCUCCAUAAACUCGAAUUUCGAUCUCAGUCCGUUGAAGGCGUUAUAA